AUGGCCCAUCGUACCCACCAAAAUGUGCCACUUCAUAAUGGAACUCGUAGGCCUAUCAGCCCAACCGGACCAAUUUGCACCUCCCCUCGCCUCACCCAAACUCACAAUUACAUGCCAGGGUUGGCUGAUAUGCAAAAUCAACAAAGAUUGCGAACCAAUCUCAGCCCAACUAAGCAGACUGCGUCUCACGCCUUACCCAAUUUGUAUGGUUACGGCUCUCCAGUCAAACAACACGCAACUUUGACCCCCAUCGACUCCAACUCCAGUCUUGAAUGGACUCACAGCGUGUCAGAUUUCUCACGUCAAGCUCACGGUCUUCUCGGUGGACAACCGUCGAUUUUUGGUAACACCCCGCUUAACGACAAUCACGCUGCCUUUUCAAACCCUGCCAGCACUGUAUUCAACCCGCCGAUCGUAGAUGACUCCAGCAUGAUUGGGUUAAGUAGUAGCAAGACGGCCAACCGCUCAACUAUUGAUCGAUUGAAUACCCCUACCACGGGGCUUGUGGCGGUGAUUGAUGAUGAUGAUGAACUGCCUCACGAUCUUUUUGAUGACCCAAAAGUAGCUCCUGCCCUUUCGGGUGGACUUGUAACUCGCCAAUUCGAAACAACCUUCAAUGUUUAUCAACUCAUAGACGCCGAACCUGAGAAUGUUCCCAGCCAAAGCAGAAAGCGCACCCGCUCCGCCAAAAAGGCGCCCCCAAAGCCUUCUCGACCCCAAUGGAAAAACUUCAGACCUAUUGUACCUGUGAUACAUACAUUACCAGUCGGCUCUUUCAGCUGGGAUGACUAUCGUGAAAAGAUCUUCAACGCGUGUAACUUACGUCUUGCUGGGAUAUCCAAAGCUCUUGUCGCGGCUCACGAGACAGGUCACUUGGCUAUUCAUGCUUUCAUCAAGGGUACCGAUCGCAACCACAAGUCGUACGGCGGUUAUAUCACCGAUGACAACAGUUUCAGUCGAUUGAUCGUUGCUGUCCUUGCUGCGCCCGCCGAUGCGCACAUGGGUUUCAAGAUCACUCACCCUAACCCCAAAAACAACGAAGAAGUAACUCGAUGUGUGCGCCGCAAGAUCAAGGGAUUCCCUUCAUUGUCUGAAGCGGAAGAUUCUGAGUCCGCCGGGGUGAGUAGUCUCUCUUAA